UACAGCCAAACAACUAAAAAACCCAGUAACGACUCAGUCCAGUUGUUACAAAAUGUCAGCAUUGGCGACUUUCGAGCAGUCACCGUUUCCGCUCAUUCUCUCGACAUUUUGCAAAAACUAGUCAAAGAUCAUCCUGAUGUGCUGUCUAUUGUGCCUGAUGUUGAUCUCACUUUCGACCUCCCGAAACCAACUGCCAUUGGGUCUGAAUAUACCAAGCGAUCUCUCAGAAAGAAGCAACAAUAAUUUUCAUGAAUCCACCUAUUACUCAAGGCAGUCAGGCGCACCUUGGAAUUUGCUCCGCAUAUCCGAGCGUACCAUAGGUGAUACUCAUAGCUAUGGAUAUCGCAAAAGCGGAGGGCAAGGUGUCACCGUCUAUGUCGUUGAUGAUGGAGUUGAUAUCUCCCACCCUGAUUUUGGAGGCCGCGCCAAAUUUGGAUGGACUGCCAUCCCCAAAGAGAAGAACAGCCCAGGAGGUGGUCAUGGAACUCAUGUCUCAGGUAUCAUUGCUGGUAGCAAAUAUGGUGUUGCCAAAAAGGCACACUUGGUAUCAGUCCAAGUGCUGGAUAAAAAUGGCAAAGGAUCCAUGUCGAAUCUGAUUGCUGGUCUCGACUGGGUUGCGAAACAUGCCAAGCGAGGAUCAUCCAUUGUCAAUUUAUCUCUGGGUGUUGCUAAGACCACGCCCGGUGCAAAUGCCCUGAAUCAAGCCGUUGAUGCUCUCGUUAAAGCUGGUAUUCCUGUCUUCGUCGCUGCUGGUAAUUCUGCUAGUGACGCAUGCAACAUCCUUCCCGCCGGUAACAAGAACGUAUUUGCCGUCGCUGCUAUUGACAAUAAGGAUGUAAUGGAUCCCAACGCUUGCUAUGGAAAAUGUGUCGAUCUUUUCGCUCCAGGUGUAGACGUAACAUCAGACUAUUUGAACAAUAAGGUUGCUACAAUGUCUGGAAGUUCUAUGGCGUCCCCACAUAUUGCUGGUCUGGCUGCAAUCGAACUACCUUACAUUAAAUCCAAGAAACCCGCCGAUGUCUACAAAGCGAUCACCCAUCGCGCCACUGCCAAUCACAUCAAGAAUCUUAAGUCUCACACUGUUAAUGGCAUAGCGUACAGCAAAUUUUAGACAUACUAGAAUUUGUAGCAAUGCGUGCUAGCUAUCAAAAUAGCAAGUGAUAAUAAAUUAGUUGCUUAAUACAUUACAGCUUUACUCUAUAAGGAUAGCACUAAAAUCGAGUAGCCGGAUCAUAACCGGGAGAGUUCACUAGUGUUGUAACGCCCUUUGAAGAUAGCAGAGUACCAUAGGCUUCUAGUGAGACUUUGCCAAAGCUAGUACUAUUAUCCAAUGGAACGACACCUAUAGAUAAAGUAUUAGGUCCGUUGUGAUUUAAAAUGCCUUCUGGAAUGUAGAAUAGGCGUUGUGGACCGAGAUCGUUUGCUGGAACAUUGAAACUGAGCAAAAUGCAGC